CUUCCCGCCCCUCUUCGGAAAUAGACGGAUCGUCUAUAUUCCGUUUAGUUUUUUUUUUUCUUUUCCUAUUUUUAAGUAAAUGAGCGCCAUGAACGUCACGAUGGACGACUAAAGUGCAGAACGGUCCCUCGGUUCUAACCCAUUAACGAUCCUGGUUUGAGUGGACCGGAUGAAAUCCUCCUGUGGUUUUCUCCGCUCGGCAGGGGAGGUAGCUGUGUCCAGAGGGGAGGUCAGCCCAACCAGGGGAAGGACGAAUGAAGUUCAUCCUACCCUGGGAACGCCAGAGGCUGUCUUUUCUUCUGGAAAAGGCUGCCUCUAGGGAAGUGGAGAUGUGGAAGGUCUACGUGCCAAAGAAGUCCAUCUCUCAGGAAAUGGACAUUUCCCCAGCUCAGCGUGAUGAGGCGGUGCGCUGGUUGACAGAACUCCACCGCAGACUGCGGCUUUACCCAGAAACCCUGGUGUUAGCUGUUAGCAUCCUGGACCGGUUUCUUGCUCCCAUCAAGGCUCGUCCAAAGUACCUGCGCUGCAUUGCCAUCGCCUGCUUCUUCUUGGCCGCUAAAACCUGUGAGGAGGAUGAGUGUGUGCCCUCGCUGAAGGAGCUGGCAGCCUCUAGUGACUGCGGCUGUUCUCCAUCAGAGAUCCUGAGGAUGGAGAGAAUCAUCCUGGACAAACUGAACUGGGAUCUGCAUACCGCCACGCCGCUGGACUUCUUGCACAUCUUCCAUGCGAUGGUGUUGUCGUACCGGUCUGAGUUUCUGAACGAGGUCUUGGAACUGAACUGGUCUCAGCACCUGGCUUUGCUGACUCGCCGGCUUUACGACUGUCUGGCCGACCACACGCUUAUCCAGUUCAGAGGUUCCAUGCUGGCUUUGGCGCUCAUCAGUCUGGGUCUGGAGACCUGCUGUCCUGAUUGGUUGCUUCUCACGAUCGACCUGCUGAAGAAGGCACAGAUGGACAGCUCCGACCUGAUCCGGAGCCGAGAGUUUGUGGCUCGUAGCCUCUCCACACCUGGAGCUUUCCUGCCUCCAAACACCAUCUACAUCUACCAUCCCCUGCAGGCUCCACCCCCCUGCGGGACCCUGGGGACCAUGGGAAGUUCCAGGUACCAGUCCCCUGGUGCCGCUGCUCUGGACUCCCCUCACUCAGCUGGAGAGGAGCAGAACCAUGGACGUUGCUUCUGCUCGUACAGCAGCAGCAUCCCGGCUCUGCUGUCUCCACCCCCACACUUCCGCCAUCUUUCCGUCCUGCACAAGGUCACCCUGCGCUGCAAGUCAUCCGCCAAACGCAAGGUGGAGGUGAUGGAGGACGACGACUUCUACGAUGGCAUGAAACGCCUCUACAAUGAAGACGCUACUGCCACCAUCAAUGAGGAGGUGUUACCAGUGACCGCUGGCACCAGCAACAUGUUGUCCCGAGAGAACAGCAACUCCUCCCCCUGCCCACCUCUGCAGCCUUGUUAGCAACUACUAGGGACCAAACCACAACCUGCUGCACACAAUAAACAACAACUCCAUUUCAAAAUAAAGUUUUUCCCCAAAAUUCAGUUUAACAACAGAUAAUAGAACACAGGCUGAAGAAACCCCGACAUUCAGGCAAUUUUAUGGCAACUUCGUCUGUAAUAUGCAACAAUGGCAGAGUGUUAGGUUUGAGGAAAGGUUUUUAAUCAAAGACAGAUUCUGAAUUCCUUAGUUUGAGUUUUUUUUUUUUUCCCUGUUUGCAUCAGAGCGUUCAGCUGUUUCCCUUCCCUCAGGGCCGUCACAUGUUGAUUUGGUACAAAUUUUACACUAGAUGUUCUUCCGGCAGAACUCCAGAUCUCCAACAGACAGGGGAAGGUCUGAACCCACAACCUGUGAGUCAGGAGUGCUAACCGCUGCACAUCGUGAGUAAAUAGUACAUUGGUGUUAUGUCAGAAGAAAAGCUAAUUUACAGUUUUUCUAACGCAUACUUUGGUUAAAAUUCUUUUUUGGAUGAAUUUCAUUUAAUUCUAAAAUUGCAGUUUGUUCAAAGUAUUAUAAAAGGUCAGUCCCCCCUCCCAAACAUUAAUACUCUGCUGUGAGGUGCAAAAUUAUUAUUUUUUCCAUAAACCAGCAAUUUUGCACCAGCUCCUUUUGCAAUGUUGUCCAUCUGAGCUGCUAAUAAAAUUGUCUUUUUGUCAUAAAACAUGACAAACAUACAAACGUAGUCUUUGAGAAUUUUGAUUCAAACCACACACACGCAUUCAGCCACCUGAUGUCAACUCCCAUCAGCCCUUGCAGCCUUUACACCCCCCCCCCCCCCCCCCAAAAAAAUACAAACAUAAAAAAAAUAUAUAAAAAUAAUGCUGCUACUGUUAAAAUCUACUGU